UAUUAAGUAUGUGCGUUAGGUAGAAUGUGUGAAUGCGCUAAUGCAUAAUACACCAUCUCAUUUAUUUAGUAUUUCAUAUAUAUCAUUUGUUGAUGCUAUCACUUUUUGUGUAUUUUUAUGUGCUGUCAAUUUUCGACCAAACGUAGCGUAUAUUGUACACUGCUAAGGUUAAAAGAUUGACGGGAAAACAGAGCGAGUACCAACGCAGCUCGUUCACGGACGGUCGGACGUUGUCAUUUGAAAACGGAAGCCAUCUUGUGGCCGAGCCUCCCAUAUUAUACAGGGAAUAAUAGUUCAACGACUAUUCGUUCCGAAAAAUUGUUUCGUAUUUUUUCCAUUACGUCUAGACUAUGCAUGAAUUAUUGUAUCACAUGUUUACAUAGCCAUGGCUGCGACGAGAAAGUUGCAAGGUGAAAUAGAUCGGUGCCUUAAAAAAGUAACAGAGGGUGUAGAGACCUUUGAGGACAUUUGGCAGAAGGUUCAUAAUGCUACAAACAGCAAUCAGAAAGAGAAAUAUGAGGCAGACCUUAAAAAGGAAAUCAAAAAACUUCAAAGGUUACGUGAUCAGAUCAAAACCUGGCUUGCGUCAGGUGAGAUUAAGGAUAAAAGUACACUCCUGGAAUACAGGAAGUUAAUUGAAACUCAAAUGGAAAGGUUUAAAGUUGUGGAGAGAGAAACGAAAACAAAAGCAUAUUCUAAGGAAGGAUUAGGAGCAGCUCAAAAACUCGAUCCAGCUCAAAAAGAAAGAGAAGAAGUUAGCAAUUGGCUGGCAAAUUCCAUAGAUGCUUUAAAUCUGCAGCUGGAUACAUUUGAAUCCGAGAUAGAGUCGUUACUCGCAGGGAAGAAAAAAAGGUUAGAUAAAGAUAAGCAGGAUAGGAUGGACGAAUUGAAAGCAAAGCUUGAUAAACAUCGUUACCAUAUCCGUAAAUUGGAAACAUUGUUGCGUAUGUUAGACAAUAUGUCUGUUGAAGUUAACACUAUUAAGAGGAUAAAAGACGAUGUAGAGUAUUACAUCGAAUCCUCGCAAGAACCUGAUUUCGAGGAAAAUGAAUAUAUUUAUGAUGAUAUUAUUGGUCUCGAUGAAGUAGAGUUGUCUGGAGUUGGUAUUCCCUCAUCGGCAACUACAGAUAGUAACAAUAGUAAUGAGACUGGAGGAACACCAACCUCAACUAACUCUGGUACUUCGCCCAUACCGUCACCUCCAUUAAGUUCCACAAUGCAUAACCAUUCAAGUGAUAGUUCUACAGAUAACGACAAAAAAACGAAGCCUGUGAAACCUACAGCAGUCAGGCCGCUACUAAAUUCACAGGCGAGCAUUCCAACCACGGGAAGCACUGCCACCAUAAAAUCGAAUUUAUUAUCGAGCAGCACUCCAAGCAAGACCAUUCCCAUGACACCUAGCCAUAGCUCGCCUAGUUCUACAAGUAAUCACAUCGCUACAACCAAUGCUGGCAACUUCGCCACAGUAGCUGCUUCACACAGUAAUUCGCAAGCCAUCCAUUCUACCUCUAGUAAAACAUCUUCUCAUAGCAGUGAAAAUGGUUUGUUGUCAUCAUCAUCUACGUCCAGUGUUACCUCGAAUGUGCCACAAACGAUCUCGCAGCAGCACAAUAAUCCGGCGCCCAUACAAACGACACAUGUAUUGCACAAUCAACAAAAUCAGAAUCACAACAGUGAAACUGAAAUGACUACGCCGAUCCCACCGUCAUCUUCGCCACAAUCAUCAGUUAGCAGUAGGUCUUCACCUCUGCCUGCAAAUUCCUGCUCGCCAGCGCCAUCCACUGCCAAUGGUCUUAUUCCUAAGCUUCCUGAUGGCAUGUCCUCUUUGAAAUCUAUAGCCCAACAAGUAAUUGUCCGAGCAGAUUUGGAAAUACCACCGUCCGAGUCGAAUAGAAACAUCUUUGACAGUGCAAAAGCGAACAAUAAUAACAACAAUGCCACUUCGGAAGCACACAUUCCUCCUUUGCUUGGUGUUGCGCCGCUCGGACCGGUACCUCUUCAGAAAGAACACCAGCUACAGUUCCAGAUGAUGGAGGCCGCUUAUUACCAUAUGCCUCAUCCGUCUGAUUCUGAACGUUUACGAUCAUAUUUACCAAGAAAUUUAUGUCCAACGCCUCCUUAUUAUCAACAGGUCCAACUUCCCCACUCCGAUACUGUAGAGUUCUUCCAACGUCUUUCUACCGAAACAUUAUUCUUCAUAUUUUAUUACAUGGAAGGUUCUAAAGGCCAGUACUUGGCUGCGAAAGCUCUAAAGAAACAAAGUUGGAGGUUUCAUACAAAAUAUAUGAUGUGGUUUCAAAGGCACGAAGAACCAAAAGUAAUUAAUGAAGAAUAUGAACAGGGAACCUACAUUUAUUUUGAUUAUGAAAAGUGGGGACAAAGAAAAAAGGAAGGCUUUACUUUUGAGUACAAGUACUUAGAGGACAGAGAUCUGAACUAACAGUCCUGUUGCUUGUGAAGUCUCCGAAAUGCACUAUUUCUGUACCGGUAUUAUCAAAAAAAAAAAUCGAAAAGACAGAUUUUAUUUUUUACAAUUCUAUAUUUUCGCAAAAUAUAAUUUUAUUUAUUGGUAAAAAGUAUCUCAGAAAAAGAAAAACUAAACAAAAACGAAAGCAAAAAAGCUGAUGCAUAGCAGGCAAUGAAAAUAUUUCAUUAUAUUUUGACAUUGCGGCGGUAAUCACCCCCUAUAUAUUUCUUUUCGAGAAACAGAAUGCAAAAAUGAAUUGCGCAAUCGAAAGAAACAAAAUAAUGCAAAACUAAUCAAGCAAAUGGAGUAAGUUUAUCGGGGACAGUAAAUUGUAAUUAUAAAGAAAAAAAAAAUGAUAUGAGUGGCACCAGAGACACACUUUUAACAUUUUAGUGUGUGGUGUGUGAUAUAAGAGGAAGAAGUUAUACUCGCUGGCGACUGACUCUGUAAUACCAGUACAAACAUGCGUGCGGCCCAUCUGCCGUUUGGCGGUAAGGUGGAGGGCGCUCAUGCUAUGGUAUGUCUUAAUGUUAGAUUAUAAGUAGCCUUUUUGUAUAAAGUAUAUUGAGGUAUAAAACCCUUAAAUUGAAUUACUGUACAGAAUGUGUAGAAAUAGUGAAUAAUAAUAUUAUGGAAUAUAUUUUAUUUCUCAUUUAAAUGAAACCUAAGUUGUUUCAAUUUUUGUCACAUCUGACACGUCUUUAACACCUUGCAUUCAGAACAUUCCAUCCAUUAGAUUUUUCUGCCCUCGAACCAGGUUACUUAUAGAUAUGUUCUGACGUGAAAACACAAAUGAGGCUCGAACUUGUCUUUAAAGUUGACAACACGUUCAAUACGUGUUAUCAGAGGUAGCAUCUUGGCUACUUUCCUGUUGUAUUUCUUGUCGAUUCUGAAGUUGUGGUUUAAUCUCUUUCCUUUUUUGUUCUAUUCUUUUUGAGCAAUUUUUACGCGCAACGUACUGUGUUCGUCAAACGGCGACUCGUGAUAAUUAUUGUGCAUAUGUAUUUAUGAAUUAUUAAAAAGACAAAUGCGAGAGAAAGAGAGAGCGAAUGAGAGAUAGAGCCAUAUUGUACGAACUUAUUUAUUAUAAAUUGUCGGUGCUACUAAAAGUGAAACAUCUCUGAUCAAAAAGUGAAAAAGAAGAAGAAAUAAUAUAAGCAAUUCGAUAUGUACAUACGUGUAUAUUUCUCUAUUUCUUUAAUCUCCGAGAUGUUUCUAGUUAAAUGAAUGCGAGGCAGUAUCGGCAUUUGGAAUAAAUAAUUUCAGACAAAGUUUUGCUUCAGAGACUGAAGUGAUCGCUUGCACGCGCUAUUCGUCAUUACAAAAGCCUUCGACAACGAGAUUAGGCAUAUUGCAUCCAGUAGUAAUAAAAUGAAAAACAGUUGAGAUUUCUCAUCCAAUUGACUUAGCGUUAGGAUGGUGAUUAACUUAGUGAACAAAGAAUAGAUGUAUUUUAAACAGAUACUCCUGUUAUAAUCAGAUUUGCGGCAACCUCUAUAUUUGCAUGAUAGUACCUAGCCAUGAUCUUUUAUACGUUUAAUUUAGAGGCAAUGUUUGUGUCGAGAUGAUCGUAUUUCUUCAAAAGCAAAAGGUGUUGCGGUAAAUGUUGAUUUACAAUUUCGCAGAGUGCUUCAGAAUUUCAUUGUUCUUAACACGUUCAGCAAAAACUUUGCAACACAGUUAUGCACCAUCCGAUACUAAUGAUCCUUCAACAGUGCUCGAUAACUGAACACGUAUCGAAGGUGUCAUUGCUUGUUGAUGAUAUAUUCACAAAAGUUAGGUCAAUAAGAAUUACAGUUUAUAUCACAGUAUUUUAGUUAGCAUAACUUGCAACGUGGAGCUAGAUACAA